UCAAUACCACAAAAUUCUCAACAACGAAACCACCAAUCAAGUAUUCAAAAUCUGCCUGCUGCCUGUAUAGACGCUAGGUCUAAUCACUCCUGAAGAUAUCAUGGCAUAAACUCAGGCCCCUCGAUUUUGCUCCAUAUUCAAGCGUUUCAUCAUGGGAAUCCAAGGCAUCUACAAGGAGAUCGGCCCAGGCAAGCGGGUCUCGCUCUGCAAAUUGGCCAUAGAGCAUCUCGAGGAGACAGGUCAGCCGCUGCGUCUCGCCAUCGACUUUGCAAUAUGGUCGUUUCAGGCUCAAGCUGCCAGAGGCGGCGCACAUCCCGCUAUUCGUACCCUCUUCUACCGCCUCGUGCGCCUCCUGUCUCUCACCGUCCACCCUAUCUUCGUCUUCGACGGCCCCAACAAGCCGGCUUUCAAGCGCCACAGGCGCUCCCGCCGCGGCCCCGGCGAUACCGUCUCCGCGUCCAUGGCCAAACGCCUGAUCCGCCUCUUCGGCUUCGCGGUCCACGACGCCCCAGGAGAGGCCGAGGCCGAGUGUGCUUUCUUGCAGCGCGAGGGCGUUGUCGACGCGGUGCUGAGCGAGGAUGUCGACACCAUCAUGUUCGGGUGUGGGCGUACCCUGCGGAACUGGUCUGCCGAGAGUACGGCUGCCGGGUCGAGGCCGCCCACCCAUGUAUCCGUGUACGAUGCUGCCGAGCUGUCACUGGGGGUGGGCAGUGGGGCUGGGCUGGACCGUGAGGCCCUCGUGCUAGUCGCGCUCAUGAGCGGUGGCGACUACAUCCCCGAGGGUGUGCCAGGCUGCGGAGUGAAGGUCGCGUGCGAGGCUGCCCGAGCUGGGUUCGGGAGGCGGCUGUGUCGCAUCAAGAGGUCGGACCCGGACGCGCUGCGGCGGUGGCGGGAGGAGUUGGCAUCCGAGCUGAGGACCAACGAGAGCGGGUUCUUCCGCGUGAGGCACAAGGCUCUCACGAUCCCUGAGGAUUUUCCGGACAUGGAGGUUCUGCGGUAUUAUACACAUCCGGUGGUCUCCCAGGCCGCGACCGUUGAGAGGCUGAGGAAAGAGCUCCCUGCCAGAGCCAAUGUCGAUAUUGUUGGCCUCCGCGCAUUUACUGGCGAGACGUUCGAUUGGACGUACAAAAUCGGAGCCAUCAAGUUCAUCAAGGUGUUGGCCCCAGGUCUUCUGAUCCAGGCGCUGUUGGGCCUCCAUGGCCACGACAUCAAUGAUCCUGACGAAAGAGAGAGGGCGGAGGCGAAGCUGGUCAGGGCUAUCUCGACAAGGAGGACGCACUUCAGCACGGAUGCUACACCUGAACUCCGUAUAUCCUAUAUCCCGAAUGACAUUGUCAGUCUGGACCUAGACGCCGAGGAGGAUGGGGAAGAAAUCGCCCCUAGCACGCACGGGCGGUCCGGACUGGCCCUCAACAGCGACAAUGAGACAGAAGGGCCUGACGACGGGGAGGGGGGUCAGGCCAAGGCCGACCCUAAGAAGGUCUUCGACCCGCUCCAGCCAGACCUCGUCUGGGUGCCCGAAUCUGUUGCCAAGCUGGGUGUGCCGCUCGCUGUCGAGGACUGGGAGACGGGGCAGAGAGCCAAGAAGUCGGCAAAGGAGAAGAAGAAGAACGACAGCAACAACAAGGUUUCGACGAGGAAAUCACAGGCCAGGCAGAAGACUUCAGAUAUGCCGGCUGGGGCGCUGGAUAGAUAUUUGACGAGCACUAAAUCUAUUAGUCCGGCAAAAACA